AUGGAGUCGAAGGCACUUGUGUCUCGCGGGCCGUUCUCGCAGGGAGGUUGGGGGAUCGAGAAUGUCAAGCUGCGUGAAUUGAAGGACGAUGAGGUUGUUGUCGAAAUAGUGGCCUCGGGCAUCUGCCACACAGACUUGCAUUGCGGCGACACUGCAGACGACAAAGGAGUGCCGGCUGUCUUUUACCCCAGAGUCCUCGGGCAUGAGGGGUCUGGUUACGUGAAGGAAGUGGGCAAGGACGUGAGCAGUGUCAAGCCAGGAGACCCGGUCCUGCUUUCUUUCUCGUACUGCGGCAACUGCCAUGUCUGCAAGACAGGCCCUCCGUCACAUUGUGUCGAGUUUUUCGAGAUCAAUUUCAUGGGCGAGCCAGCCUUCCAGGACACAAAAGGAGGCUCCAUUGGAGGCCGCUUCUUCGGGCAGUCAAGCUUCGCAAAACACGCCAUCGUCAGCGACAAGUCUGUCGUUAAUGUGAGCGGCUUGGGCCUUGAACGGGAGGACCUCAAGCUACUGGCGCCCUUCGGCUGUGGCCUUCAAACAGGAAGUGGCACAGUCAUCUCCGUAGCGAAGGCCGGCCCUGACGAUGCAAUCGCCAUCGUUGGUAUGGGAGGUGUCGGCUUGGCUGCUGUGAUGGCAGCCAAGAACCAGAAAUGCAAGACCAUCAUCGGCAUUGACAGAGUGGAGGCUCGCCUGGAACUCGCCAAGUCACUUGGUGCGACGCAUGUCUUCAACACAUCGAAGAUAUCGAUGGAGGAGCUCGUUGCAGCAGUCAAAAAGGCUGCGGAUGGUUUAGGCGCGACCAUCUCGAUUGACACCAGUGCCCACCCUCCGCUCGUCGCUGCUCAAGUAGAGUACACGCGGUACAUGGCGAAGAUCAUUCAAGUUGGAACUGGCAUGCCGAACGCCCACUUGAAUCUUCACAUGCAGAGCUUCAUGGUCAGUGGGAAACAAUACUUCGGCGCAGUCCAGGGGCACAGCAGGACAAAGGAGUACAUCCCACAAAUGAUCGGGUGGUGGAAGGAGGGCAUUUUCCCCGUGGAAAAGUUGGUCAAGUUCUUCAAUUUCGAGGACUUCGGAGAAGCUGUCAAAGUCAUGGGAAAUGGGGAUGUUGUGAAGCCUAUUCUAGUAUGGUAG